AUGGUGGGACCCGUUGAAGGGGUGUUCCUGAUUCUGAUUGUUGCUCAGUUCAUCCUUGGAAAUCUGGGGAACGUUUUCAUUGUGUUGGUCAAUGGUGGCGGCUGGCUCAAGAGCAAGAAAAUGUCCUUGCCUGACUUCAUCAUUACCUCUGUGGCCCUCUCCAGGAUUAUUCUGCUGUGGAUCAUCCUGAUCGAUGGUCUUCUAAUAGUGUUCUCUUAUGACCAGCACAGUUGGGGAACAGGAAUGCAGCUCAUAGACAUUUUCUGGACAUUUACAAACCAUCUGAGCAUUUGGUUUAUCACCUCGCUUGGUGUUCUCUACUGCCUGAAAAUUUCUAGCUUCUCUCAUCCUGCCUUCCUCUGGCUCAAGUGGAGAGCCUCCCUGGCGGUUGUGUGGAUGUUGCGGGGUUCACUGCUCAUAGCCUGUGCGAGCACCUUGUCUCUGAUGAAUGAAUUUAAGAUCUAUUCUGCCCUCCUGGAAAUCAGUACCACAGGGAAUGUGACAGAACCCUUGGGAUGGGACAGAAGUGAAUACGAUCUGUUCCACGUCCUUGGGAAUCUGUGGAAGCUUCCUGCCUUAAUCCUGUCCCUCGCCGCCUACUUUCUGCUGCUCCUUUCUCUGGGGAGGCACACGCAGCACAUGGGGCACCACGGGGCCGGCACUGGAGACCGGAACACCGAGGCCCACCGGCGAGCCCUCAGAAUCAUCUUCUCCUUCCUCGUGACGCUCCUACUUUACCUCCUUUCCUUUAUAAUCGUGUCAGUCAGCCGUUUCUUACCAUCAGUGAAGAUGGCCAAGAUGAUCGGCGAAGUCAUCUUAAUGCUAUAUCCUUCUGGCCACUCAUUUAUCCUUAUUCUGGGGACCAAGAAGCUGAAGCAGACAUUUGUGGCGAUGCUCCCAUAUGAGUGCGGUCAUCUCAAUUCUGGAUCUGAACAGACUCUUUCUGCGUAG